AUGAAUAAUUCCUUUAUCUCAAGCACGUUUGUGACGAGAAUCAAUGUCAUUAUAGCUAAAUGUAGAAUGACACUUACGAGGGCUGCUACCUUAAGCAACAAUAACAAUAAGAAGAAAACUUCAACUCUACUACCACCACAGCCACUUGAGCAACCAUGUCAGCUGCCACAACAGCAAUCAACUCAGCCACAACAAGGUACUUCAUCAGCCUCAGGAGGGGGUUCCCACCAACAGGAUGAGGGAACGCAUACUCAAACUUCUUCACAGAGGAAGAACACUCGUGGCCGAACUGUGGGGGCUGGCACUUGUGAUGUUGUGAAAAAAAGGAAGAGUUUGAUUCCAAUACGGAUGGAUCCAUCCCAGAAAUUGGUGGCGACUAUUGAGGCUCAAAAACUGUUUGUCUCUGAGAUUGGGUUAAUCACUCGCAAUAAAGCUCCAUUGAAUGUUUUAGGGAUGAAAAAAGUGAGCUUGGAGAUGAAGAAAGAUAUGGCACUAGGAUUGCAGUUCAUGUUUGAUGUGGACUUAACGGAUCCGGAUAUAUGGAAAUUUAUUAAUGACCAUAUGCACUCAACUUAUAAAGAAUGGAAAGCAAAGCUCCACAGACACUAUAAGCAAUAUGCUUCUGACCCUGCUCUUGCACGAGAAACACCUCCCCCUGAAAAGAUCUUUGGUACUCGAAGGACUCUAGAAGAGUGGCAUUAUUUGGUUGAUACGUUGUACACAAAUGAGCAAUAUCAGAAACGCUGCAAGACCAAUGCUGAGAACAGAAAAAAGAAAGAGUUUGAUCAUACAGGAGGGUCACGUCCUUUCCUAAAACAUAUGGAAGCUGCUAGAGAGAAGGGUGAAAAUCCUACAUACAUUAGCAAUUGGAACAACAUGCAUAUGCUUAAGGGUAAGAGCAUGUGGAUCAAUGAGGCUGCUGAAAUUAAAGGGAAGAAGAUGAAUGAAGAGUAUGAGAAAGCCAAGCAACAAGUGGCUGAGAGUUCAGGAACUCCACUAGAUCAAGUCUCACUCCCUAUCCCACAACAGUUAGAGAUCAUGACUGGAGAACUUGGGGUUGCAAAGGGCAAGAGGAUUCGAGGCUUGGGUUCUAGUCUCCGAGUGGAGAGCUUGCAUAGUUGUGGAUUUGCCUCUUCUUGUGCUACAGAGCAAAAGGUUGAGGAACUUCAAAGCACAGUUGGUGAGUUGAAAGGCACAGUAAGUGAGCUUCAGGGCACAGUGGGUAAACUUUUGGAUGUCAUUGAGUGGAUGCGAACCCAUGAUGGUCCUCUACCCUCACAUUUAUUUGUUCCAUCCCAGCAUGUUGGUGAUUCUCCUUGUCAUGAUGAUCAAGGUAAUAGUGGUGGUUCACGUAAUGUUUAUGAAGAUCUUGAUGAUAUUGGAAAUAGUCAUUAG